AAAAAAGACAGCAACAUUAAAACAAUUCCCGCUUUCAAGCCCAUUCCUGCUGAUAAUGCCACACCAGAACCGAGUCCUGAAAAACACUCUCCGCCACGUCCCGAAGCAAAAGACAAAGGUCGUGGAAGAGGCGAAAGAAAAUCAAAAUCUCACAUGAUGUCACCAACUGUCAUGCCGUCUGCUGCUGCUGCUCCGCCGCCACCUCCUCCUCCUCCCCCUUCCGAAGUUUCAUGUAACAAUGAGAAUGCAGAGGGAUCUUCUGCUAUAGGUGAAGUGAUAUCUAUAUCACAAAGUGAUAAUAGCAAUGCCAGUAGCUGUAAUCUAGAAGUAAAUGGUCAAUUAAGUAAUGAUACCACAAUUAAAUCAGACACUACAGCUGCUGUUAGUAGCACUAGUAGCAUUGGUAGUAAAUUUACUACAGCAAAUUUUACAGAAACUGUUAUUACUCAUAAUGGUAGUCCUGUGUUUGGAUCUGAUAAGCACAAGAAGAAGAAGUCCAUUUCUUCAAAUGUUGAUAAUCAAGGAAAAGCAUCACAGUCUCCAGCCACUCAAGUAUCUUCAUCUUCGUCGACUCCUUCGACAACCACCACCACGUCCAGUCCGACACCGACUUUCAGUAGUAUGUAUGAAAAUUUCAUAACAACUGAGUUAGGAUCUGGAAACAGAAAUAAUCAUGAAAAUCAACAGUCAAAUAAACGUUCUCACAAUGGUUCAAUAGAGAAAGGAGAAAGAAAGAAACAUAAGAAAAAUAAUGCAAG